AAUGAACAGUUUCCCCGUCUGCGUCGUUUCCAUGCCAGCAUGGGAACCACCGUGUCCAAGAGGAAGAAUUUAAGGAACGAUGCGAUAUCCUCUGUGGCAGCAAAAGUUAGAGCAGCACGAGCAUUUGGAGAGUACCUGUCCCACACUCACCCUGAAAACCGAAACGGAUCAGCUCACCUUCUGUGUGAAUCCUUGGUGGGUCCUGAUCCGGAGUCGCCAAGUGACACAAUUGGCCCCAACAGUAACGAUCACUUCAAUCCCUGCUCCGCCACCAAAAGCUAUAAGACAAAACAAGAGCUAGCUAAAGAAAAACUGGGUUUCAUCCAUCCCCCUUCCAAAUCUGUCACCAUUUCUACCAAGUCUACGGGUCUGCCGCUUGAAAGCAGCUUUACAGCAGAGGAAGACCAGAAAAAGACUAUAGAGUGCGCCCUGCAGCCUGCCCGUGUGUACACCAUCACUGCCCAACGUGUUAUGUUGAUGAGCAGUAGCCAGGACAGCAAAGAGAGCCUAGAACUGGACGUCCUAAAGGAAAAGUCGGGGAGUGGUGGGUCUAGAGGGGGCUCGGUUCAGCCCUCCACUUCCCCAUCCUCUGCCUCCUCAUCUCCAACCCAACACAACCGCUCAAGCAGUGGCCGUGGUGCUAACAACUGUAGUGGCGGACACCAUCACCGCUGUAACCAUCACCACGGGAUCCACCAUUAUCACAACGCCACUCUCACAAAUGCACCUUCUAGCAGUGGAGGAAUAAGCGGAGCAAGUGGGAGCAGCAGUAGCAACCAGGUGCAGCCACAGAUACCUGUUGCAGGGUCCCACUCCCAUCACGCAAUGCACCACCACGCCCAUCACCACCAUAAUUUGUCCCAGCCACCUCUUCAGACCUCCGUCAGCGCCCAAAACAUUCGUAGCCUGGGAGAAAGUGGGAAAGGGGAGGCGGAGUACAGGGGGCUGGCUUGUGAAGCAUGCAGCGGUGCUCCCUCUCGUAGCCAAGGCUCCCUGGACCUGGAGAGUACAUCCCGAGACGCAGGCAAGCAGCACCGACGCCUAGAGCGGAUGUGGAGUGUGGACCGGGUGACUGGGCUGGAGAGAGAGGACACGAACUGGUUCCCCAAGGAAAAUUUGUUCACCUUUCAAACAGCCACAACAACUAUGCAGGCGAUAUCGAACUUCCGGAAGCAUCUUCGGAUGGUGGGCAGCAGGAGGAUUAAAGCACAGACGUUCGCUGAAGGUAGAUCGAAGAGUUUCAGCCGUUCCUGGAGCGAUCCCACCCCUGUCAAGACUGACGCUCCUCACGAACCCAAAGAGAGUGGAGACCUGCAGACCUCUAGUAGCACCCUAGAGGAAGGAGGCCCUGAUGAAGCCGCAGACUGGGAGGAGGAGAAAGAGAUGGAGAGGCUGGCCUGUGAGGGGGACGACUUUGUUCCUCCCAAAAUCAUGCUGAUCUCCUCUAAAGUUCCCAAGGCAGAGUACGUUCCUACCAUAAUCCGCAGGGAUGACCCUUCCAUCAUCCCCAUCCUCUAUGACCAUGAACAUGCAACCUUUGAUGAUAUUUUAGAGGAAAUCGAUAAGAAGCUCACAGCAUACAGGAGAGGAAGCAAGUUCUGGAGGAUGCUUAUCUUUUGUCAGGGAGGACCCGGCCAUUUGUAUUUACUGAAGAAUAAAGUGGCGACUUUUGCUAAAGUGGAAAAAGAGGAAGACAUGAGCCAAUUUUGGAAGAGACUGAGUCGCUUCAUGAGUAAAAUCAACCCAGAACCAAAUGUGAUUCACAUAAUGGGAUGCUACGUCCUGGGGAACCCCAAUGGAGAAAAGCUGUUCCAGAAACUCAAGAAUCUGAUGAGGCCUUAUUCUGUCGAGUUCGAGUCACCGCUGGAGCUGUCUGCGCAAGGCAAAGAAAUGAUCGAGAUGUAUUUCGAUUUCCGCCUCUACCGCCUCUGGAAGACGCGUCAACACUCCAAGCUUUUGGACUACGAGGAUUUUUUGUGACGGAGACGUCGGACCCCUCCGGGUGCCGCGAGGACGCUGUAAAAACCUGAACGUUGCUCGGGCGUUGUUCUCGAAACAUCAGCUCCACAUGAACGGUCACACCUGCUUGGGCUGAAAGAGCGAGGAAAGCGGAACGAAGGCGAUGAAGAGAUGCAACUCGGAUCUUCGUCGUUUUCAAAGAGAAGGCCAACAGGAAACACCUAAAAUCUGUCCUUACGCUGGGGGAAAAAACAAAUUAAAUCUUUCUGCCUUUUGAGUUGCUGACAAAAACUGAGA